UCGAUCCGGGUGCAGUGCAUGGAGGACAGGAUGGUGGUGACCGUGAUGAGGGAUCUCUAUGGGAUUGAGACGCUGCUCAACGACUCCGAUGUCACCCUGGGGCCCCAGUCCUGCGGAGCUGGACCCCAGAGUACGGACGCUGCGGUGGUCUUUGAAACUGGGUUGCAAGAAUGUGGGAACAGCUUACAGAUGACCCCCGAUGGGCUCCUCUAUGGCACCAACUUGACUUUCAAACCAAUGUCUGGUGCUCAGAACAUGCCCAUCUCCGACUGUAGCCCAGCGGUGGUUCCCAUCCAGUGCUAUUACCCCCGAUACGGUAAUGUGAGCAGUCAGGCCAUCAAGCCAACCUGGUUUCCAUUUUCCAGCACUGUGUCCUCAGAAGAGCAGCUGGUCUUCUCCUUACGUCUGAUGACCGAGGACUGGAGCGCCCCCAGGCCAUCGUUGGUCUUCAGCCUUGGAGAUGUCUUCUACAUCAAGGCUUCUUUGGAGGGUGAGAACCACGUCUCUAUGAUCCUAUUCAUUGACAGCUGUGUGGCCACCACCUCUCCUGACCCCAGCUCCAGCCCCCGCUAUGAGAUCAUCGCCUACAGUGGGUGCCUGGUGGACGGGACCCUACAUGAGUCCUCCUCUGCUUUCCGAUCUCCAAGACCCCAGCAGGACCAGCUGCAGUUCAUGGUGGAUGCCUUCCAGCUGGUUGACUCCCAGGCGUCCAUGAUCUACAUCACCUGCUCCCUGAGGGCGGCUGCAGCCACCCAGGUCCCCGACCCUAUGAACAAGGCUUGUUCCUACAACAAAACUUCCAACAGUUGGUCGACUGUUGAGGGCCCCAGUGAUAUCUGCCAAUGCUGUAAUACCCAGGACUGUGCCGCCCUCUACGGUGAGAGCAGAGGUUGGGACCCGUCCUACGGAAGACCAAGACCAAGAGCACCGGGCAAGAGACAAAUUGGACAAGGACCCUGGUUGGCGGACAGGCAGGCGCUGGCAUCCGUGGGACCGCUGCUGGUGCUGGGAGGACAGCCGAGACGUUCUCUUGCAGUGCCUGGGUCCAGCACUAUGGAAACGUGGAUUCUGGGGGGGGUCAGCGGUCUCGGUUUUGUCGUUGUGCUCAUCUGUGGUGCCGUCAUUGGACGCUCUAUGAAGAAGAAAGGGCCCCCCCCAGAUGUAGAGGAAUAA